UCGACGCCAUUGAAGCUGUCAAGUGAACUUGCACUAUUGUUUUUUCUCGGGAUUUUCCUCCUUUAAAUCCAAAGUUUCUACUCAAUAGUGCUUCUAAUCUCUAGCUGAAUUGUCCAAAUAGUGAUUAACACUGAAAUUCCGCAAAAGAACAUUGUAAAUCCAAAGAAAAACCUCAAGUACCUCCAACCUAACCUCACUUUCACUCAUCAGUAAAUUUAUUCCCGGAAAAAGAGUCCCAGAACGUUCUUUUAAAAAGAAAAGAGAAUCAUGGAUGACUUUGGAGAAGUCCAGAAAAAUUCUCUAAAGAAGCAAAAGUUCACUGAAAGUAGCGUCUGUCCUGGAGCUUCUACUUCAAAGGGAGGUCUUUCAUCCCUCAAAGAAUUCACAGCAAUCCUUGAGAAACAAAUCGAACGAGAGGAACUUCAGAAAGCAGGUCUUACGCCUCAAGAACAAGAUCUCUACUUUGAAUUCCGGGAAAAUCCGCAGCUUAAGAAAGAGACCCAAUCCUUCCGGGACAAGCUUUGCGUGAUAAAUGAAAAGAUCAUGGAUUAUUUCAAGGACGAUUCCCAAGGAACAAAAUUCAGACGACCAAUUGAUGAUAUUGCUAAAAUUGAGAUGGAGCUAUUGGAUGAUCUUUCGGAUGUUCCCAGCCUCAAGAAACGCAGGAAAUUGAUGUUGAAGGAAGAGAAGAAACUGGAGAAAAUCCUCAGAACACCAUUUAGUUCAGAAGUGAGGCCAGAUGUUGGUAAGAAGUCAUCGAAAUCAAAAUGGGAUCAACGUUGAGAGCGCUUGGAUUUAUUCAUCUGCGUGGAAUUCGGCAGAGACUUUUCUCCGUGGACUUCCUUGUACUGCUCCACAAAGCACUCGGCAGGUCUGUUCAGGAGCUGCAAAUGGAAGCAGGAAUGGUAAGUAAAAUUUUACAUUACGCAAGAUUUUUGUCUCCGUGAGAUUACCGUUGAAACGUAAUCCAGGAUUUCCUUCUUGGAGAGUUCAAGAGUACUCCUUGGGCCCCAGGAAUAAUAAACUCUGAAAGUUAGAAAGA